AUGCCCCGCCCCCGCUCCCCCGCUCCGCCCCCCGCUCCUUCCUCCUCCUCCUCCUCCUCCUGCUCCUCCUCGUGCUCCCCGUGCCCGGCCCCGCUGCUGCAGGUGGAGCUGCCGCAGGUGCCGCGGGCGCUGCUGCGCGCCCUGAACCGGCAGCGCCUGGAGGGGACGCUCUGCGACGUCUCGGUGCGCGUCCAGGGCCGCGAGUUCCGAGCGCACCGCGCCGUGCUGGCCGCGGCCUCGCCCUUCUUCCAGGAGCAGCUGCUGCUGCGCGGCGCGGGCGCGGCCAUCGAGCUGCCCCCGGCGCUGGAGCCCGCGGCGGUGGCGGCCGUGCUGGGCUGCGCCUACACCGGGCGGCUCUCGCUGCGCCGCGGGGCCCUGCUGGCCACGCUGACCGCGGGCAGCGCGCUGCAGAUGUGGCACGUGGUGCGCAAGUGCGCGCAGCUGCUCGGGGAGCCUUCGUCAUCAUCGUCAUCGUCAUCGAGAACCCCCGUUCUGCCCCAAAACCGCCGCGUUUUGCCCCAAACUCCCCGGGUGAAGCGGCGCUGGCUGCAGCAGGACCUGGUGCUCACCUGCGAGGAGGAGGAGGAGGAGGAGGAGCCGCCGGCCGGGGAGGAAAAUUCGGGAAUUGCGGGCGGGGAUGAGGAGGGAGAGGGGAGGGAAAUUUCGGGAAUGGCGCUCGAGAGGAACCGGGAAAAUUCGGGAAAAGGAAUUCGUGAGGGAACUGAGGGAAUUUUGAUGGGAACUGGCGAAAUUGCGCUCGAAAACUCGGGAAUUCCAACUGGAAUCAGAGGAAUUCCGCACAAAAUUUCGCACAGAACCGCGGGAAUUGCGCAGGGAAAUUCGGGAAUUUUGACCAGAACCGGCAGAAUUCGGGAGGGAACCGCGGGAAUUUUGACGGGAACCGGCAGAAUUUGGUAUGAAAAUGAGGGAAUCUUGACCGGAACUGACGAAAUUCCGCACGAAAACUCGGGAAUUCUGACUGGAAUCACAGGAAUUCCGCACAAAAUUUCGCACAGAACCGCGGGAAUUGCGGAGGGAACUGAGGGAAUUUUGACCGGAACCGGCGAAAUUCCAGAGGGAACCGCGGGAAUUUUGCACCGAGCGGGCGGAAUUCCGCACGGAAACGAAGGAAUUCUAACCGGAACCAGAGGAAUUUCGCACAGAACUUUGGGAAUUCCGCAGGAAAAUUCGGGAAUUCUGACCAGAACCGGCAGAAUCCGGGACGGAACCGAGGGAAUUUUGACGGGAACCGACGGAACUCCGCACGGAAAUGAAGGAAUUUUAACCGGAAUCAGAGGAAUUCCGCACAAAAUUUCGCAGGGAAAUUCGGGAAUUUUGACCAGGACCGCCAGAAUUCGUGAGGGAACCGAGGGGAUUUUGCACAGAACCGUCGGAAUUCUGGACGGAACCGCGGGGAUUCCGAGCAGAACCGUCAGAAUCCCGCAGGAAACCGCGGGGAUUCCGCCCAGAACCGCGCGGAUCAGAGGGCCCGGCCCCGCCCAGGGCGCACCUGCGCGCCAGGUGAGCGCGGGCAGGGCGGGCAAGGGCGGGCAGGUGUUCGUGUGCCACUGCGGGAAGGCGUUCUCGCACCGCUCCAUGCGGCAGCGGCACGUGAACAUGCACCUGGGGCUGCGGCCCUUCACCUGCGCGCUGUGCCGCAAGCGCUUCAAGAUGAAACAUCACCUGACGGAGCACAUGAAAACGCACACGGGGCUGCGGCCCUACACCUGCCACGCCUGCCACCGCUCCUUCAUGUGGAGGGACAGCUUCGUGAGACACCGCGGCACCUGUGCGGGGACAGCCGGCACACCUGAGUGACACCCGGCACACCUGAGUGACACACCUGUGACACCUGAGUGACACCUGA